AUGUACCCCAUUGCUGGCAUCUAUCUUAUUGGCGGGUUUAUGCUGGACAUAAUACCGUUGAUCCACGCAUAUCCUACACUAUCUCGGCGAGAUUCUUCCAAAAUACGAUUGAACAACGCGGCAGGACCGCAACCACGAAGCCUCGCCUUGAGCAGAAUCCCGCCUCAUCAACUCCCUCACCCCACAGGUCGUACUGCUGAUGACUAUCGAACCACUGGAAUCGCGCUGCUAUUAUUCAUGCUCUUCUGUGCGCUAUUCGCCACCGUUUCUCUCAACGCAAAAUCAAUACGAAGGUGGAUAACGCAAUGUCGAGGACCUCGAGGACCUGAUCACGAAGCGCCGGCGACCAAGCAGGAAGCAUACGAAGCCUUUGGAUUCGGGUUCGACGGGCUGAGUAAAUCGCAGAUGAAGGCUAUAAUGAGGAAGGAGUCCGGGAACAUGAAGGAGGGGUUUCGUUUCGUAAAACUGCCCGCGAAACCACCGACGCUGCGUCUCAGCUACAAGGCGCCCCUGCCGCCCCUAUCAAUGUCGCGUACCCACUCCUCGUCGAGUUCUCAGGAAAGGGAGAAAUAG